GCGGGGUAGAGAAGCAUUUUGUUUCCCCGAGGGUGACUCAGAGGCGAGGCGCGUUUCUUCGAACGCUUUCCAGUGGACGCCUUGCCUGAGCUUCCUAGAGAACGAGCGUUACGGAAGCAGAACCCGGAAAGCUGGCUGAUCCAUUGACCUUCUAGUUCUUGUGCAAGAACGGGAGGCACAUUCUUACAAAAAGCCCUGGAAGUUUUCUCUAAACAAUUACUUCAGUUUCUCGUCUAACUCGUCUAAGUAACUAGAGGGAGGGAGUGAUUUUGCAGCUGAUUGUGGAUAUCCCUGUGCCAGUCCUAAGUCCAGACUUGAAUAGGAAUGAAAUUGGCUAGGGCUUCUUUCUCCACCCUUUCUUAGUUGAUUGGUAGGGAACAAGACAUCAGAGCCUGGACAGAGUACCUCCCUUUUCUGCACACACCAUUUUCCACUUUUGAGUUCACCCAUCAAGAAAGCUUUCCUUAACAUGGUGCAACAAGCUUUAUACAGAGGUUUGGUCUCCACCAAAUGGCUAGCAGAAGCUGUCCGAGCCAAAAAGAUUGGCCCUGAGUUGCGGGUGCUGGAUGCUUCCUGGUAUGAACCUGGAACAAGAAAUGCCCAGAAAGAAUUCCAAGAAAAACACGUGCCUGGAGCCUCUUUUUUUGAUAUUGAAGAAUGCAAAGACAAAUCAUCGCCUUAUGAGCUUAUGCUGCCCAGUGAGAAACAUUUUGCCGAUUACGUUGGCCACUUGGGCAUUGGGAAUGAUACACAUGUCGUUGUGUAUGAUGGAGACAACCUGGGCACCUUCUACGCACCACGCGCAUGGUGGAUGUUCCGAGUCUUUGGGCAUCGAACUGUUUCAGUGCUGAAUGGGGGAUUUAAAAACUGGCUGAAGGAAGGUCACCCAGUAACAUCAGAGAUCACCCGGCCAGAGCCAUCUGUCUUUAAAGCCAGUCUUAACACAUCUCUCCUGAAGACCUAUGAAGAGAUGGUGGAGAACAUGGGAUCCAAGCGGUUCCAGGUAGUGGAUGCCAGAUCUGAAGGGCGAUUCCGAGGAACAGAACCUGAGCCAGGAAAGACAGGGAUAGAACCAGGUCACAUUCCAGGUUCCACAAACAUUCCUUUCUUCAACUUUUUGACUGAGGAAGGAUUUGAGAAACCCCAAGAAGAAAUCAGGAGUAUGUUCCAGGAGAAGAAAGUAGAUCUUUCAAAGCCAUUGAUUGCCACAUGCCGCAAGGGGAUUACAGCCUGCCAUAUUGCCUUGGGAGCAUAUCUCUGUGGUAAACCAGAUGUGGCCAUCUAUGAUGGAUCCUGGUCAGAGUGGUUUCGUCGUGCCCCAUCUGAGUAUAAAAUGUCUGAAUGGAAUCGCCAUAAGGCAUAAUAACUCAAUUUUCUGUGAAGCACAGUUCUUAAUGCUAAGCAUAAUGAAAAGCUAGGAAAAUUCCUAUUCUUUUAUAAUUUUAUCAUUUUUAAUCCAUGGUUGCUGCUUGCUUUUGCAAACUGGUAAUUAAAUAAAAUUGAAUCUUAAGUCAAGUA